UUGUGGUAAAAUGUACAUUUUUUGUAACUGCAUGAGUCAAAUUGCACUUAGGUAUCCUUCAUAAUGCUCAGCAUUGUGGGGAGGGGGGCCGGUAGUCUUGAGUGCUUGUGUGCGCGAGCGCGGGUUAAGUUGUAGCUCCGCCAUGGCCUCGUGUAAACCGAGGCGCAUUAAUAUUAUGUUGAAGCACAGUACGUAUUACUCCGCGAGGUACCCAUCACUAUUUAUAUGAUUGUAGUUAUUUGUUUUAAAAAAAAUUGAUAGACGUUUUGUCUCCUUUACAAUAUUUUUCAUCUAAAUUAUUAUUUUUUUUUUUUCGGGUCCUUGAGAUUCGGAGCCCUGAGAUUCUACUCCACCACCUCAAAUCAUUUGCCCUGACGAUGGAGCUCUACUCUGAAUACAAUAAAUCAUCAAAUCUGCGGAGAAGGUCCAGGGUCACAGUAAAGACACGUCUUGCAUCACUUUCCACAAAUAGUCAAACCUCUGAAGAUGACGUUGCUGACAAAAGCAAUCAGCUUCUUGAUGUGGAAGUUCCUUGUGCUGAAAUUUCAUAUUGUGAUGAUGAAGCUGCAGGAUGUGGUUAUCAAAAAGUGCAAAGUGGUGAUCACAGUGGUCAUGAUAUAGAGACUUUUAUGGAAAGUGAAUGCACAGAAGAGGCUUAUGCUGAGACAGUACAUGAUGAUGAACUUGAUAGUGAUGAUGACAUUCUACAGCCAACUCUCACUACUAGCUUGAUGAACUGGGCCACAGAGUAUAGUAUCAGUUUGGUUGCCCUGACUGCCCUGUUGUCAGUGUUGAGAUGUCACCAUCCAUCUUUACCUAAAGAUGCCAAGACACUCCUCCAUACUAACAGAAAUUACAUAAUCAACCAAGUUGCAGGAGGUGCAUACUAUUACUUUGGGAUUGUCAGUUCUCUCACUCGUUUCCUGAACAAUAUUUGGGUAAAAAUUCCUGAUCGUCACACAGUCAGUCUACAACUAAAUUUUGAUGGGCUUCCAUUGUUCAAGAGUUCAGGUUUCCAGUUAUGGCCAGUUCUGGGGUUAGUGCAGGGAUUUUCUGUAAAACAAAAGCCUUGUUUGAUUGCCUUGUUUGGUGGCAAAUCAAAGCCACAUCCUGUGGGAGAUUACUUAAAAGAUCUUGUGGCAGAGCUAAAAAUCUUAGCAUCUGGCUUUACAUUUAAAGGGAAAAUAUUGUUCAUAAAAGUAACAUCAAUAAUAUGUGAUGCUCCUGCCCGAGCUUACAUUAAAGCCAUAAAAUCUCAUACUGGGUAUGCAGGCUGUGAUAAAUGUACAUCAUAUGGGCUUCGUCUAGGUAGCCGGAUGACUUUUCCUGACAGCCGAAGCCCUGCCAGAACAGAUGAAAGUUUCAGACUUCAGGUGGAUGAGGAACAUCACAGAGACAUUUCCCCACUUAUUGAGACUGGCAUUGGAAUGGUUUCUAUGUUUCCCCAUGAUUAUAUGCAUCUUGUUUGCCUUGGGGUCACAAGGAAGCUCCUAGAACUAUGGGCAGGCAGUACUGGUCCACUUAGGUGCCGUUUGCCUUUCAAGAAAGUAAAUCAGCUGUCAGAAACACUGAGGUCUUUCAAAAGUCACAUGCCCACUGAAUUUGCCAGGAAGCCCAGAUCUGUUGAAGAGAGACACAGAUGGAAGGCAACUGAAUAUAGACAGUUUUUGUUGUAUACUGGGCCAGUUGCGCUAUUUGACAUUCUUAGCUCACCAGUUUACAACAACUUUAUGUUGCUUUAUGUUGCAAUAUCAAUACUGGCAUGUCCAAAGCUCUGUGUGAUAUUUUGUGACUUUGCAAAGACCUUGCUUGUGUCUUUUGUGGAACACUUUGGACAGCUUUAUGGCAAGGACAAUUUAGUGUACAAUGUGCAUGGCCUUAUACAUCUCAGUGAUGAUGUAAAAAAGCAUGGCCAGUGGUUGGACAACAUCUCGGGGUUUCCAUAUGAAAACUACCUUGGUGAAAUAAAGAAAAUGAUCCGCAGCCCCCAGUAUCCAGUUGCACAAGUUGUGAGACGAAUAUCAGAGCUUGAAAAUGUAGUUUGUAGAUCAGACACACAAAAUGAAACCAAACUCAGAAAACCACAUUGUGAUGGUCCACUGCCAUUGCACAUCACAUGGCCAGUAAUGCAGUACAAAGAAGUUAGUCUUCCACACUUUUGUGUCAAGGUAUUCACAGGUGACAACUGCAUAUGUCAUGAUGGCGUAGUAGGUGUAGUCCAAAAUAUCAUUGAGUUUGGCGGAGAUCCAUAUUUGGUUUAUAAUGAGUUUACAAGUUGUGCAAGCUUUUUUGACUACCCAAUAAAUUCAGGUCAGUUGGGUGUGUUCCAACUCACUGACUUGUCCCAGGAACUAAAGUGUAUCAAGAUGAAUGAUGCAGUGACAAAGUAUGUACUCCUCCCAUUCAGGAACAAAUUUGUGGGCAUGCCAUUUCUCCAUUUGUCAUAACAAAUGAACUGGGGUUGUGUUGCAAGGUGAGCAACUGUUUACUGGGGCUGAGAAUCAUUUCUUAUACCUAUAUACCUUUUGAAAAUGUACUAAGAUUUAGUGUGUCUAUUCAGAUUUUUUACAUACUUCCUUAUGUUUUUUUUGUUUGCACAUUUGUAUUUUUCUUUUCUGUAUAUAACAUAACCUCAGUUUAUCAGGGCAAUAGAAUGUUGGAGUGUAUUUUCAAAAAUAAUCUGUUGCAGCAGUCCUAAAUGUAUGUAUAUGUGUAACGUAUAUAUGUAUUUGUGUUUUUUUUUAAUUGAAUUUUAUGGCUUAAUGUUUUAAAUGAUUUUGCAUGCAAUUCAUAUUAUUCCUUUCAAAGAUGAUGUACCACAUUGUUGAUUUUGUGGACACGGGAGACACAGAAGUUGUUCCAGCCUCAUGGGUUCAUAAUGGAAGAAGCUUCUGGCCUCCCUAUAAAGCAAGGGAGCAAUGCAACCGGGCCAUAGCGAGAGCAGACCCUCCCAAGGAAUUCUGGGAAAAGUAUAACAUCCGCAUAAGGGCAACUAAAGAUACAUUUAGUGAGGCGCGACUUCUGCUCCCAAAGGCCCUGCUUACGUCAGAUCUUCAAACCGAAGAUGAAGAGGAUCAACGUCCAGCAUACAAGAGGCGGAAGAGAAGAGGCAUGAACAGAAUCUUUGAGUCAGAGAGUGACCAAGAUGACAAUGACGGCAGCAAUGAGGC